GACAAAUCAAGUAUGUUUCUGUACCAGGACUAAGUCCGCAUUCUACAGUAUCUGGAUAUAGCAAACAUUCAAACCCUGGACCAAUCCCCUCUCCUGUAUCUCGUGGAUCCCCUCCUCUCCACAACCAAUCUUCCCUCUUAGUACGAUACCAGCAUCAAACCUCAGACCAUGAUAAAUAUGUCCCGAGAGCCAAUCAGAUGCUUGACUUCGGGCUUAGCCCAUUUUCAACUCCAGGACUCACCCAGGCGGCUGCCCUAAUCCAAUAUCAGCCACCAGUUGAGCAUGGUCUGGACACUGGAUGUAUCCACAUGCCCUCCCCUAGGCCUAGCUUGCCUUCUGACCCAACACCCACUCAAUCCCAUGUCCCAGGAUGCAGCCAACCUUCUGUUCCAGGGACUGACCAGCCUCCGCUUCUAGAAUCCAGCCAGCCUCAUCCUUGUGGGUCCAGACAGACUCCAACCCAAGGCUCCACCACAUCACCCUGCCAAUCUCCAUCUUCCAUCACUGCACCCAUCCACACAUUCCCUGCAGCAUCUAACCAUUCUUCUACAGGACAGAUGCAGGACUCAGACCCUACGCCCAAGGGGUCAAUUCAGGAUCUUCACCUCAAGCUCAAAGGACCAAUCCAGGAUCUGGACUCCAGACCUAAAGGACCAAUACAGAUCCCCGCUUGUAGACAGAGCCAGGCACCUGCUGCCUUAAGAUUUCAACACAUUUCCAUGUGUCCUGGCUCCCACCAGACGUCUGGUCUCCAACCCUCCCAGACUUGUGCUCCCCAAAACCCAAUUUUUGUCCCUGAAACCAGCAAGACUUCUGGACCAAAAAUGAAUCCUGUCCCUGACCCCAACCUGAAUCCCACCCUGGUUCUUGGAUCUAGCCAGACUUCUGCGCAGGGGCCCAACCCAGUUGCUUCCUCCACACCCAACCAGAUUCUGGCCUUUAGGGCUACCCAGAUCCCUGUCUUCGAACCAAACCAAGACAGAGCCCCUGGAUCCAGCCAGACGUCAUUGUCUGACCGCAACUGGACUCUGACCCCGGAUUCCCAUCAGUCUGCCGCCCCUGUUCUUGACCAGACCCCAGACCCUGCAUCCAAUCGGUCCCCUGUCUCGGGGCCCUCGCAGACAGCAGCCUCCAGGACUAAUCACUCCACUAACCCAGGAUCCCACCAGACUCCAGUACUGGGAUCCAAUCAGAACCUUGUGCCGGGAAAUGACCAGAUUCCAACUCCAGGUGCAAGCCAGUCUUCAGCCUCUGGACCCAGCCCUAUGGAUCCCAAGUUGGAUACUCAAGAGCAAAUGGAGGCUGAGGACCCCAGGACAUUCAUGCAGCGGCAGUUUGGGGCCCUCCUACAACCGGCUGUUAAUAAAUUUUCCCUGCGGAUGUUUGGGAGCCACAAGGCUGUGGAGAUUGAACAGCAAAGAGUUAAAUCAGCUGGCUUCUGGAUCAUUCACCCGUACAGUGACUUCAGGUUUUACUGGGACCUGACGAUGCUUCUCCUCAUGGUCGGAAACCUCAUCAUUCUCCCGGUGGGAAUCACGUUCUUUAAGGAUGAAAACACGCCACCGUGGAUAGUGUUCAAUGUUUUGUCGGACACUUUUUUCUUGGCCGACCUGGUGCUGAAUUUCCGAACCGGGAUUGUCGUGGAGGAUAACACAGAGAUCAUUCUAGACCCGCACACCAUCAAGAUGAAGUAUUUGAAGACCUGGUUUCUGGUGGACUUUGUGUCCUCCAUCCCUGUGGACUACAUCUUUCUCAUCGUGGACUUGGAGACACGCGUGGAUUCUGAGGUUUACAAGACCGCUCGAGCUCUCCGGAUUGUGCGCUUCACUAAAAUCCUCAGCCUUCUUCGGCUCCUUCGCCUCUCCCGGCUCAUCCGAUACAUCCACCAGUGGGAGGAGAUUUUCCACAUGACCUAUGACCUCGCUAGCGCAGUGGUGCGGAUCUUCAACCUGAUCGGGAUGAUGCUGUUGCUGUGUCACUGGGACGGGUGUCUGCAGUUCCUCGUGCCCAUGCUGCAGGACUUCCCCGAGGACUGCUGGGUCUCCAUUAACCACAUGGUGAACGAGUCGUGGGGGAAGCAGUACUCGCACGCCAUCUUCAAGGCAAUGAGCCACAUGCUGUGCAUCGGCUACGGGCAGCAGGCCCCGGAGGGCAUGACGGACGUCUGGCUCACCAUGCUCAGCAUGAUCGUCGGAGCCACGUGUUAUGCCGUGUUCAUCGGCCACGCCACGGCCCUCAUUCAGUCCCUGGACUCCUCCCGCCGCCAGUACCAGGAGAAGUACAAGCAGGUGGAGCAGUACAUGUCCUUCCACAAGCUCCCCCCCGACACGCGGCAGAGGAUCCACGAGUAUUACGAGCAUCGCUACCAGGGCAAGAUGUUCGACGAGGAGAAUAUUCUCGGGGAGCUGAGUGAACCCCUGAAGGAGGAGAUCGUUAAUUUUAACUGCCGGAACCUUGUCGCCAACAUGCCGCUCUUUGCCAACGCGGACCCCAACUUUGUGACCGCCAUGCUGACUAAGCUGAGAUUCGAGGUCUUCCAGCCCGCCGAUUACAUCAUACGCGAGGGCACCGUGGGCAAGAAGAUGUACUUCAUCCAGCACGGCGUCGUCAGCGUCCUGACCCGCGGCAGCAAGGAGACCAAACUCUCCGACGGCUCCUACUUUGGAGAGAUCUGCUUGCUGACGCGCGGCCGCCGUACGGCCAGUGUCCGUGCCGACACCUACUGCCGCCUCUACUCUCUGUCGGUGGAUAACUUUAACGAGGUCCUGGAAGAAUAUCCCAUGAUGAGGCGGGCCUUUGAGACGGUGGCAAUGGAUCGUCUGGACAGGAUUGGUAAAAAGAACUCCAUCCUCCUGCGUAAGCGAGCAGAGAAUAGCACGGCUUCUGUGAACAACGAGAUUAUUCAGCAGAUUGUAAAACACGACCGAGACACGGCCCACAACAUCCAGGAUCUUCAGUCUCUGGGGCUCUUGCGGGAUCCCAGUAGCACCAAGGCCCUCAUCUGGGACCAGCUGGUCCACGCUCCACUGCAGGCUGCGGCAGCCACCACAAGCGUGGCAAUUGCCCUCACACAUCAGCAGAACCUCCCGGCUCACGUCUUCCUGCCACCUUCAUCUCUUCCAGAGACUGCCUACAUGAGCCGCCAGGCAAGAAGAUCCCAGCCCAGCCUGGGGGGGUCCCGUCCCUCCUCAGUCAGCACUCCAUCUGGUGUCUCUCCUUCCACUCCCGGUGGAGCCCACACACAAAGUAUAAGUGGGCAGUGUCCCCAAAUCCCCUCGCGUUUAUACCAGCCACAGCGGAGCGAAACCCCUGUUCGGGGAAACUCACCCCAUAUGGCAUCACAGGUACAGCUGUCCCGUUCACGUGGGGCAUCAGCAUCCACCUCAGUCCUGCAGCAGUCAACAGGACCGGCAAGUUCUCAAGCAGUCAUAGGACCCCUCUCUGGCAGGACUCUUCAUUACAGCCUUUCCAGAGCCAGCGGCUCCCACAUCUCUCUACUGAUGCAGCACGCGGCCAGCUCUCCCCAGCAGCUGGUCAAGCACCGGAGCAUACAAGGACUUCACUUCAGGAGACUCUCCCAGGAUGUCCGCCACCUCUCAGCUUCUCAGCCUUCACUGCCGGACAAAAUGGUCCAACAACAGGACAGCUCCUCGUCCCAAAAGGGAACAGGGUCUCCAGGGGUUGCCAGCAAUAAUUCUUCUUCUUCUGGACCCGUGGAACCAGGCAAGCAAUCCCUGCCUUUGUCCUCCUCUUCCCACCCACAACAGGUGCCUUCAGGGUCCCUGGCCAUGCCCGGAAGCGGCCCAGUCACCCCACAGUCUCCUGUUUCUGCAGCCAGACACACAGCUCCGUCGCGGAAGGGAUCCGUGGUGUUUAGUCCCGACGUGGAGGUGGGAAAGCCGAAGCUGCCCUCCCAUAUGUGAAAGGAUAUUCGUUAAACGAGGAAGCCGGAUCAGACACUUCCUGCCAAGACGUCCAUCAUCCAGGGUGAAGAGCGGCAGCAAUGGGCAGACAUGGCAGGUGCAGAGGACACACCGCGCCCAUGCAGCAUGAGGACACCAAAAGUGAUAUUUUGUCCCCUCUCACCACUAGGCCUACAGGGUCUUUGGGACAGAUG